CCUCCAAAUCCGAAUCGCGUUUGACGUUUUGUGGUGUGGUGUUUGAAGUUUCCAAAUUCCGUUUUAAUAAGUUUAAAUUCGGAGGAUUUCAUUUCUUAUUAUACUCAGAUAAAUUAAAUCAUGUAAUCAUAGUAAAUUAUUAUAAACGUGUGUUUUAGUUAUAUAGGUAUUUUUUCUAUCGCAAUAUAAUUUGAACUUUUGUGUUUGAAUGAAAUGAGUGAACCCAUAGAAGAUUAUGAUGAAGAUGAGCGGAUUGUUUGCAAAUAUGGUUCUGCUUGUUACCAAAAGAAUCAAGCUCAUCGGAAUCAAUACAAGCACCCUAGUGCUUCUACUACAAAGGAAAAGAAACCCGAAACACGUGUGAAAAAAUCGCCCCUAAAAACUGGCCGUUUAAUGCAAUCGAAAUUGGACUUUUUCGUUUCAAAAUCAAAAAGAAAAAUUGAUCAGGUCAUGGCGGAAGAUAGUCAUGAGCAAGACGACACUGCACACCGCAGAGAUGAUAAUUCUGAAGAAAAUGAAUCUAAUGACGUGAAAAAACUCGCAUCCGAAGUAAGCAGCCCUGAAAAAACUGUAAAAAAUGAAACUGGAAAGGCUAUUUCUGAGAAAAUUGAAGCUGAAGGUAGCGAAAAAACGACAAUUUCGGAAGAAGACGUGGAAGAAGUAACGGAAGGUGUUUCCGAAGAAGAUGGCGAAAUAAUUAUUAAAAAAUUAUUUCUGGUAGAAAUGCCUAGAGACUUUUAUAGCUUUUGGGAGUUUUGCACAACUUUAUCUUCACGAAAUCCAAAAGAUGCGUUGAGCUCGAUUGAUUUAACACUGGUUGGACCAUUUGAUGUCCUCGCUGGGACUUUAAAAGAAGAUUCCGUGUCACCAUCACAAGCUGUUUUACAUUGGCGAUAUUAUUACGACCCUCCAGAGUUUCAGACAAUUCUAAAAAGUGAUAAAGAUAUGUUUCAUUUGGGAUAUUUUCGUGACGAUCCCAAUUUACCCCCGGUAUUCGUAGCGUACAACUCGGCGAAACGAAAUUCUCUUAUAACGCACGUUGCUGAAAAUAUUUUCGGCGCGGUCGAUUGGUACAUUAGUCAGUCAGAAAAAUCCUGUGAUCCUUUCAAAAAGAAAAAAUUGUCAAAUUUAAAAACAUCCCUGCAGAAAUGGGCCAAAGAACACGACUUUACUCUGGAGAAAUAUACUAAAAGUAUGCAAGAUCGCAAUAAGUCAGUUGCCAGUAAAACAUUUCAUCAAGCCGGAAUAGUUGUGCCAUAUGAUAAAAAUACGAAAGUUGGCUACCGACCUUUAUCUGAAAAUCCAAAUAACUUGAAGAAAUUAUUGAAAAAAAUCGAAGACUCCACCACCGCUGAAGAACGAACUGCUCAUCUUAAUUCUCUGCAUACAGUUGUGAAUUGGGCAAAUAUUGCUAUGGACGAAUGUGACUUCGGAACCAAUUUAGAACUAGGACUAGAUUUAUUCAGUUAUGGAACAGAUCAUUUCAAUUCCAUCAUUCGUUCAUCGUUGAGAAACGCGUACAACUUUCUUGGUCGACGAGAAUUUGCUACUAUAAUUGAGGCUCACUUGGACAAAAGAAAACGAGGAGCUGAUCUGGAUAUUUUACUGAAGAAAUAAUAUAAAAUUACAGUAUUUAUUACUUUCAUUUUUUUUCACAAUCUUGAAAUAACUUUAAAAAAUGUAUAAUUAACCAAAUUAUAAAUAGAAUAUUUCGGAUUUCA